UGGGCCGCCCACACACACCAGCCAGUAGUCUGUCCGAAACAACUGUCAUUUAGAGAGUGGACAUGAUGGGAGAGCAGGAGCAGGAGAACACGAAUUAAACCUCUGAAGAAGUGUUAAAAACUACUUUUAAAGUUAUUUAUGUGACUGUUCCAGCUUACCCCGGCAUGUGUUAGUGUCUUUAAGAGAGACAGCUUUGGCAGGACGUGUUUCUCACUGCAUUAGGAACUGCAGACACUUUCGGGAGGAUGUCAACCCCGAGUAACUCGCUCCAGCAGCCGAGAGUCAGACGCAGCAAUGCGGGCUCCCCUGGUUCCUUCAACAGCAGCAGCAGCAGCUGCCGUCUGCACCCCAUCCGUGCCACCGUGCCCUACCAGCUCCUCCGUGCCGGGCAGAGCAGCCCGACGAGGGGGCAGACUUUCCACGGAGGAGCCACGACCAGCCGGGGCUCCAGUCCCCCCUCCAGCCCGACACUCAGUUCAGGAAGUGCGAACGCUAAGCAAAGACUGUCCCCUGAAAAUAAGGACUCCUCCUGCCCCCCAGACUCACCAGUUUCCAGAGCAGAAAGAUCCAAGUUACAAGUUCGGAGCUCCAGUGCCAUCCGGCGGACGUCAUCCCUCGACGCCAUCACAGGUCCAUACCUCACCGGCCAGUGGCCUCGGGACUCCCAUGGACCCUAUCCUUCCUGUAUGAAAGACAAAGCCACACAGACUCCAGGUCUCUGGAUUGAUGAGGGAGCAGAACAGGGAAGUCCUCACCAGCGGUCAGCCUCCUGGGGAAGCGCUGACCACCUCAAAGAGAUUGCUAAACUGAGACUGCAGCUGCAGCGCAGCAAACAGGUCAGCCGGCAGAGCAAAGACAGGGAGCAGAGCUCACUGCAGCUGUCCCAACAGGCGCAGCAUGGCGUUGCAUGCCAACCACAGUACAAGGGAACUUCGUCAGCCUUGUCGGCUAUCCCGGUGCCAAAGUCCUUCAUAUUCAGAGUGCCGAGCAGCGUGGAGGGCAUCAACCACGAGCUAGAAAAUGUGUUCAUCAAAGAGGACUGGGAGCAGGUGAUACAGGCCAUGGAUGUUGUAGAUGGCCGCCGGGCUCCUUUCCCUCCGCACCACUACAGCAGCAGCGGGGACACACGUGACACGGACACACAGGCACCUUCAAGUGGCGACUCCAGCCCGUUGCCCCGCCCCUGCAGCUCUGACCACCUCCACUCCCCUGAUGGAAGCCCCUGUUCUGCAGAGGAGAUUGACAAAGACGGCGUGUGCAGCUCUCCUCUCCCAAAGUUCGCCACAUCACCCAAACCUAACAACAGCUACAUGUUCAAACGAGAGCCUCCUGAGGGCUGCGAGAAGGUCAAAGUGUUUGAGGAGAUGGUGUCCGGCAAAUCAAAAGGCUUCCCCCUCUUCUCGUGCCCCGACAAAAACAAGGUGAACUUCAUUCCCAGGGGCUCUGCCUUCUGCCCCGUCAAACUCCUCUGCUCCUCCCUCUUCUCCCCCGUCUCUCCCUCGUCCUGCCCCUCCGCCAACUCUGGUCUCCACGGCAACGACAGCCCAGGGCCUCAGGUGACCCCAACUCAACCCACUGCACCACUAGCUACCUUUCCGGCCUCCGCUGACUGGAGCACCGACACAAGCACAGGCAUAAACACAAACAACAGCACAGACAGCAGCCAGAGCCCCGACGCAGACGUGGGGAAAGACGGCUCGGCACACCUUCUCCUCACUAGCUAGUCCUCAGGUAUCCACGAUCAAAAAAACCACCUGCUGCUGAAACAGCUCGGCGUGACAGGUGGCAUGGUUUUAAAAUGAAAGAAAAACCUUGAAAAAAAAGCAAAAAAUAAUCCUUGCACUCCGUUAGUCCUAACGUUAGCCAGCAGGGAGUGCCCAAGGUCUGAGGAUGACAAACAUCCAGCAACAUUUCUGCCCGGUCGCAGCGUCUGUUCCACCGUUAGGGAACUCAAAAAGCGCUCGAUGGAUGGCUUCAUAACUAUCGACCGGACAUGAGAGAGUUCUGACCUUGGGCACCACUUCCCUUAAACCCAGAACUAACCUAGCCUUCUCCUCUGUACUCUGUACCAGGACAGAACCAGUAACAGAAAUAGCUUUGCUUUUGUUUGCAAAAAAAAUAGAAAAUACAGCACCAAAUAUUGUGUUACGUAGUGCCUGCAGUUUAAUCAAGAUACAACAUAAAAAGGAGGAACCUAAACUUUCAUAAGAGACAACUCUGAGGUGUCAGAGAAACAUAUUCUGUUCAUGUUAUCUAACCAGCUUCUUAGCUGUUCAGUGUUCAGCCAGCUAACAACUUUAGUGUGUAUACAUAAGCUUUUUGACAGAAGGGGAAAGUGAUUAGCUUCAUAUUUACCAUAUCAGGAUGUCUUACAGCCAGAAUGCAUUGCCCCACAUUAACCACAAUGUUUGCACUUGUUAAGACAUGGCUCAGAACGAUUACAAGCCAUGGCCUAUUUUCUAUUUGUUUAUUUUAUAGUGUUUGUAGCACAGUGUCUAUGUGAAACCAGCGGUUACUUGAGUGCAGGCUACACCCGACGAGUAUACAAGCCAAGACCUAGAUCUGCAUUUCUAGUCUGGUCACUGUAAUAAAAAAAAGAAAGAAAAGAAACUUGGUUAGCUCAACACAAAAUGCAUAUCAGCUGUUUUCAGUGACCAAAUAACCAAACACACGAAGCACACAGCUCCCCUAUAACUUUGUUUUAUUGCCCCUGUCUACACAGAACAGUAACUCAGGUGAAGUGGAAUGUACUUGCUCGGACUAUGUUGCCUUUCAAAGUGUUUGACGUUCUUUCUCCAGAAAGACAUUCCAGUCUUUUGCAGAAAUGUUUUAUUUUUAUUCUCCCCGGAGAGGGGCGUUAUUACGAACUGAAUCGACUGAUUGAAGUCACAGCUUGUGACGAGAUGACUUUGAAUUAACCUGUUCAGGUAAGAGUUUCAGGUGCUAUGAAACAUUCCACAGAUCAGCUGCGAGAACUCAAGUUAAACCUAACUAGCUAUAUAAGCUACACCCUCCUCCAAUGAGAAGUUGAUAAAUAUGUCCUUUGUUACAUCCCCUUUGUUAAAUAUGUACCAAAGUGAGAACCGAUGAAACGCCUGUCAUAUAUUAGGGACAAGAGGGCCUGUUUUUUUGCACCAGAAGCAGGAAGUUUAUGUGCACUUUGUUUUGUUUUGAAAACAGUUCAGCGACAUGUAAACACUGGUUCUUAGUGUUUCUAACUUAGGGAUAAUCUUUAGACCAACGCCGGAGCACUUACGUGGAAGUGAGAUGAUAAUCACUAUUUUUAUUUUAGACCAGUUUGUAAGUUAAAACAAUCAGAACUUGAGUGUGCAAUUGAUUUUGUUUGAAUUAAAUCUACACUAACAACUUUGGUGUAACACAGUUUGGCUCAAUAAUAUACAGAUCCAACUCGCCCAAACUUUUCCUGCACAAGUUUUAUCUCCACAACGUUAAAAAAAAAGAGACUGAUUUAUUUAACUGCUUCAUGUUUCAUCCCAAAACUUUGCUCCAUCAAGCCCACUUACCACAGAAACACAAAUCUGAACAAUAUGCAACACAUUCCACAAAGUUUAAGUUGAUAACUUUUCUGCUCACAGCUUCAGGAGUUCCAAUCAUACUAACACUGAUUUUAUUCACAAGCUCAUUGUGCAGUGCGGAUAAGAUAUGGUUGCCAUGUUCGGCAACGAUGAUUCAGUUCUACUGUGUAUUACGCAUUUUUAUGUAGAUCUUGUGUGUUUUUCAAUAAAGAAAACAAAAAACGUC